CCGUGGUACCAAGCCUGGGCUUGCUCUGCCCCCACAUUGCUCACCACCAGCUGUGAGAGUGAGCAUUUAUCUCAGCCCCAUUACUGCCAAUCUCCCCCCUAUUAACACACCCAUAAUUCACAGGCAGAAAACAUCUUUUAUUGCAGUGGUGACAUUUAAACCAAGGGACGUGUUGGUUUGUUGGGGUUUUUUAAACAGUUUUUAGGCAGUCAGCUCGUUUGCUGCAGCCUCUGCUCCACAUCUGUGAGUGCAGCCUUCUCCAUCCAGCUGAGAGGGAAUUAUGUGUGCAAGAGGAGUCAGGGCUGCCUUCCCAGCUCCUGGCUCACACUGCUAGCACUGCUGUGCCUGCUGCACACCCAGCUGCGUGCCCGAGGAUGCUGCACCUGAAAGUCCAGUUCCUGGAUGACUCCCAGAAGAUCUUUGUAGUUGAUCAAAAAUCCUGUGGGAAAGGGCUCUUCAACCUCACCUGCAGCCACCUCAACCUCGUGGAGAAGGAGUACUUUGGGCUGGAGUUUCUCAGCCAGGCUGGGAACCAGGUCUGGUUGGAACCACUAAAACCCAUAACAAAGCAAGUGAAAAAUCCUAAGGAGGUUCUUUUCAAAUUUAUGGUGAAAUUUUUCCCAGUGGACCCCGGCCACCUGAGAGAAGAACUGACCAGGUACCUCUUCACCCUCCAGAUCAAGAAGGACCUGGCUCAGGGGCGGCUGCCCUGCAGCGACAAGAGCGCGGCGCUGCUGGUCUCCCACCUGCUGCAGUCCGAGCUGGGUGACUUCCACGAGGAGACAGACCAGCAGCACCUGGCCACGCACAGGUACCUGCCCAACCAGGAGUACCUGGACAACAAGAUCAUGCACUACCACCGGAGACACAGAGGGAAGACACCCGCGGAGUCAGAUGUUCAGCUGCUGGACGUGGCCAGGAAGCUGGAGAUGUACGGGAUCCGCCUGCACCCCGCCAGCGACGGCGAGGGGACACAGAUCAACCUGGCCGUGACACACAUGGGGGUGCUGGUGCUGAGGGGCAAUACAAAGAUCAACACCUUCAACUGGUCCAAAAUUCGCAAACUGAGUUUCAAGAGGAAGCAUUUUCUCAUCAAGCUCCAUGCAAACAUCUCUGAGCUGUGCAAGGACACGCUGGAGUUCACCAUGGCCAGCCGGGACACCUGCAAGGCCUUCUGGAAGACGUGUGUGGAGUACCACGCCUUCUUCAGACUCUCUGAGGAGCCCAAGUCAAAGCCCAAAGCCCUUCUGUGCAGCAAAGGCUCCAGCUUCCGCUACAGUGGCAGGACUCAGCGGCAGCUGCUGGAGCAUGGGAGGAAGGCUAAGAUGAAGAGCCUGCCCUUCGAGAGGAAACACUACACGUCCCGCUACGACGAGAGGCAGUGCCGCUCCUCCCCGGACCUCCUGACGGAUGUGUCAAAGCAGGUGGAGGAGCUGCGCCUGGCCUACGGCAGCCGGGGCUCCUACCACGCCAACGGCGUGCACGGCUCCGAGCCCACCCUGGACAGCCGGCGCCGCAGCUCCACCAUGGAGGUGACGUUUGCCGCUGAGCUGGAGCGCUCCAAGCCAGAGGCAUCCCCCACCUUCCUGCCCCACUCCAAAAGCUCGUCUGCCUUCCCCCUGCUCUACGCCCAGCUGGAGAUGGAGAGGGCGUGGGAGCCCAUGGACCUCUUCGGAGCCAGGAAUCCCUUGACGUCCUUUCGGCCCCACCACCAGUUCGCUGGGAACAGUAAAAGCACCUCUGUGGGCAACAUGCGGGAAGUGAGCGCCCGGCAGCUGGUGUACACGGAUGUGCCCUGUCCCCUGCCCGUGCUGGCCCCGGCCCCCCCUGUGCUCUUCUAUGUGGACAGGGCGCUGCAGCCCCCAUGCCCUGCACUGGCCCCUGGCGAGGACACAGCAGGAGCAGCUGGCACAAGCAGCCCCGUGGCAGCAAAACCGCCCCGGCAGAGCCCGAGCGGGACCCAGGCUGGGCAGCUCCACGGUGAGGCCAUGGGCACGAGCAUGGCGGGGGAGAGCAGGUCACUGGCUCGCUCCUUCCAUUACGGCCUUCAGGAGCAGCCUCCCAAGCGGUCCUGGAGCCAGUCGGACAUGAAAACCAUCCGCUUCCCCUACGGCUCCGAGUUCAGGCCCCUGGGGCCGUGCCCUGCUCUCAGCAGCCGGAAAGGGGGUGUUUUUUGGCACGUCCCAGCCCAGCAAGGGCUGGCUCCGGGGCCGCGGCGCUCCAGCAAGCGCUACCUGGGCAGCAGCACCGAGUCCAGCGACUCCGACCCGGAGCUGCUGGCCGCCGACUACUGCUCGCUGUACGGCCGCGUGCUGCGCUCGCCCAUGGCCCGCGUGCGGCUCUCCUCGGGCAGCCUCCAGCUGGACGAGGAGGAUGAGGAGGUGUCCUUUGCCACCAGCGCUGCUGAAGAGAGGGUUUCCAGAGGGGCCUCCAAGUAUUUCACCUAGGUGCCUGACACCGGCCAGAGGGAGCAGAGGUGGCCGGCGCUGACCCAGGGUCAGAGAAUGGUGACACACUCUUCGUUUGCAGGUCUGCUUACAGCUUAUGAAACAUUGAUGGGAUCGUGUUGUGUGAGUGCUCUUAGCUAUAGAGGAUGUGUUCAUGGACAUCAGGGCUGUGUUCAGAAGGAUUCAACCCCUGCACCACACUGGGAAGCUGGUUUGCCUCUGCCACCACGCUUUGAGGGGGGGUCUUACUUCAGCCAGAGGCCAGGGAUCUCCUAAAGCCCUGCUAAGCCCCUGUGUCCUGCCCAAGCUGAUGCUUGGAGCUCAGCUGCUGGAGUCUUCAUUGAGGGGGAGGGAGAAAAGAAAGAGACUUCUCAGAGAAUAGUUUCAGCUGCUGCUUUUCCCAGCUGCAGGGAGGCACACUGGAGGGAAGGGUGUUUCAGGCCCUUUUGGAAAGGAGCAAGAUCUUCAUGGGGGACUGCUCCUUGAGCUGAUGCCAUGUGGACAGGACAAAACCCCAGCAGCGAGCCCAUCUCCUCCACUUGUCUCACCUCCCUCUGGUGCUGCAGGGAGAGCCUGGCACUCAAACACAAGGCUCUCUGUGUGGCUGUCUUCUCCCUGGCCAGUUUAGAGGAUUAUCCUUCUCCAGAAAUAUCUCAGUAGUGCUUGUCAAGCUUUUAGAAGCCCCCCAUGGUGAGCACUGGGAAGUGGGUUCAUACUCUCUAACUAUGCUUUGCUUAGGCACAUCAGCCAUCACCUCCUGGCAGCACCAAGACAGCCCCAGCACUUCAGUGCUCUGCUUAAGUCUGAGAGAGAUGUGUAAGGAGGUUCUUUGGGGUCCUUUGCUUCCCCAAAUCUGUCCUCAGUUAAGCAGCAUGGGAAAAGAGAUACCAGGAGCAGGUAGGAAAGGAACAAGCAGCUUCUUGGAAGUAUUUUUAUUAAAAAACUUACUAUUACCCUAAACCUACAUUAAAUCUACUUGGAUAUCUUGAGAAUGAUGACAUCGCCAUAAAGUUUUAGGGGGGGGAUAUUGAUAAUUUUCUUUAAGAACAACCCUGUAAGUCUUUGUAGGACAUGACUGUAAGCAGGGAGACAGCCCAGAAAAAUCCACAGCAGAGAAACCACUGCAGCCUGCUAGAAGGAUUUCAGAAACAUGGAAGCUGGGACCAAAAAAAAAAUAGAUUAAAAUGUAGAAAAAACUGGGCUUAUGGGCCCUGCUCACUCUGCAUGUUGCUGUCCUUUGUUUUAGAAGGUGGACAAUAAAACACAGU